UGGUUGUUUAAGGAAGCGGCUUUCAAUCUCCCUCUCCGAGCCAAGACGAAGAGCCAACAUGUCAGGUGACAAUGCAGGAAGUGUGUCCACGUCCACAGACAGUGUGGCAUCUACAGGGAAUUUAACAGAGACGGAUGGUUUCUCCAGAAGCCCCGUCGUUUUGGAUCCUGCCGAGGAAUACAGCAUGACCAGACCGCGGCGAGGCGUCGCUCUCAUCUUCAACCAGGAGCGUUUCUUCUGGCGCCUGGGCCUGAACAACAGAAGCGGGACGAACGCCGACCGCUACAACUUAGAGAGGAGGCUGAAGGAGCUGAACUUUGAUGUCAGGAGUUAUGAUGACUACAAACUGGUGGACGUCCUGGAAAAAAUCCAUGCAGCUGCCGAAGAAGAUCACUCAGACGCCGACUGCUUCCUGCUCGCCUUCUUUAGCCACGGCGAGGACGAUCACGUCUACGCACACGACGGCAAGAUCAGCAUCCAGGACAUCACCGCCAUGUUCAAAGGAGACAAGUGCCAGAGCCUCGUCGGAAAACCCAAGAUCUUUGUUGUGCAGGCGUGCCGUGGGGAACAGCAUGACGUUCCCGUGACGCCCUGCGACGCCGUGGACAGCGACGUGCAGAUAAACGAGACGGUGGUGGACGCCUGCGCCGUCCAGACCCUCCCUGCUGGCGCCGAUUUCAUCAUGUGUUACUCUGUUGCUGAAGGUUACUACUCCCACAGAGAGACCAUCAACGGCUCGUGGUACAUCCAGGAUCUGUGUGAGUUACUCCAGACAUACGGCGGCUCGCUGGAGUUCACAGAGCUGCUCACGCUGGUCAACAGAAAGGUCUCGAUGCGCCGAGUCGGGAACUGCAAUGACCGCAGUGCAAUUGGCAAAAAACAGGUACCGUGCUUCGCUUCGAUGCUCACCAAGAAGCUCUACUUCCGGCCGAAGAAGUGAUCAACGGUUCGAUUUGUCGGUUUAAAUCUCAGCUGGUACGGCUGAUCCACUCCACAAAGAUGAGAAAUAGAUGUAGUUGUUUUGUUUCUUUUUAUUUGUUGAAAACAUUCCUGGCAGAUCAUUUGCACAGAGAAGCCUUCUGCUCAUAAAUCACUGUAUCUGAUAAAGUUGAAACUAUUAGGAAGUUUUUAAUCUUAGUCUUUACAUUUUUUUUGUAAUUGAUCUUGUUUGGUAAGUAGCAGCAUAACACUCAGAAAUGAUUCAGGGGUUUUCUAAUCUCAGGUAUCUCCUCAGAGGCACCAUUGAUCCAGGCUGUCUACUGGACCCAUCGUGCAAAAUUCACUUUUUGCACAUUUUUAUACUUCCAUUUGGGUUUCUACUGCUUCUAAAAACAGCCAACGAGCCUAAAAAGCACUCAGUCAGUUUUUUGCAAUAAGUUGAUGUUUUUUGUGAAUGUAACAUGUCAAAUUAGCAGGCACUGCCCGUCACCUAGCAACCCCAGCAGACUUCCACCCAUCACCUAGCAACCCCAGCAGACUUCCGCCCGUCACCUAGCAACCCCAGCAGACUUCCACCAGUCACCUAGCAACCCCAUCAGAAUUCCGCCUGUCACCUAGCAACCCUAGCAGAAUUCCGCCCGUCACCUAGCAACCCCAGCAGACUUCCACCCGUCACCUAGCAACCUCAGCAGAACUCCUGCCCGUCACCUAGCAACCCCAGAAGAAUUCCACCCGUUACCUAGCAACCCGAGCCGAGCUCCAGUACAUUUGAUCAGCUGGUUUUACCGCUGUAAGCACUGCUCAAUGGCUGCUGGAAAAGGCAAGAGUUUUGUUGUUGACUUACCAUCCAGAAACCAGUUGGUGCAUUCUUGUUGGUUGUGCAUCAGGCUCUACUUCUGCUUUUCAGAGGUGUGCGGUUAUAUAAUUUCGCAUCUGUUUGCAGCCAUGUUCUCAUGUGAAUGUAAACGUUGAGUUGGGGGGCGUGGCCAGCAGCAGCUUAUUUGGAUUUAAAGUAAUGACCCACUAAAACAACCCAAACUAAAAUACAAUUUCCUUAUUUAAGAAUGAUUUUGUGCCAUAAGCCUACCCUAACUUGUUCAAGGAAGCAUAAUAGGUCAUCUUUAAAGCUCACUCCUUACAGACAAUAAAGGGAAUCCAUGUUGUGUUGUUGUCUUAUCCAGUUCUUGGUUCAUCUUUCAAUGCAGAUUUGCACUCAAACUGUCAACAAACGCUGAAAAUGUUUCUGUUUCUUAAAGCUGUACAAGGGAAUUAAAUCACUUUGAGCUGUCGUAACAAUCAUGUAUUUCUGUGUUUAUGAGCUGUGAAAAAAAAUAAAAACGUUUUUAUAGCCAUAAAAA